UAGUCAGACCGACGCACGGUGUCCGAUGUUCGUGGGCUUCAUUUCCCAGUCACACAAGGAGCACGGAUCUGACUUCGCCAUUUCUCCCGUCUUCCCCUGCUAACAUGUCCACUUUGGAGCUCCUUUCUGGCUUUUGUUUCUCCCCCUAACUCCUUUCCCCAUCUCCCGGUCGCUCUUGGUUUGAAUUUAAAAAAAGAGAAAGAGAAAGAAAGAGAGAGAGUAAUGCAUGAUCGGACCCGAGAGUUCUCCUCACAGUGAUUGCAACGAUUGUCGCCAAGUGCUGGCCGCUUUUGUUCGUUGAGCGAGGAAACGUCGCAAAGCUCUGCAGCGGCUGCAAGCAGGAUUUGGCGGAUUCCCGGCACAGCAGCUUCACUGGAGCGCUCGACUUGCAAGCUCUUGGCCAGACGAGCAGAAGAACCAUGUCCUCGUCCAGAUUCAAGAAGGACAAGGAGAUCAUUGCCGACUACGAGACCCAAGUGAAAGAAAUCCGUAACCAGUUGGUGGAGCAGUUCAAGUGCUUGGAGCAACAGUCGGAAUCUCGCAUCCAGUUGCUGCAGGACCUCCAGGAUUUUUUCCGUCGCAAGGCUGAGAUUGAACUGGAAUACUCUCGCAGUUUAGACAAACUCUCCGAGAGGUUUUCCUCCAAGAUCCGAAGCUCCCGGGAACACCAGCAAUUUAAGAAAGACCAGCACCUGCUGUCCUCUGUGAACUGCUGGUACCUGGUUCUGAACCAGACCAGACGUGAAAGCCGCGACCACGCCACACUCAGCGACAUCUACACCAACAAUGUCAUUCUGCGCUUGGCCCAGAUCAGCGAGGACGUCAUCCGCCUCUUCAAGAAGAGUAAGGACAUCGGGAUCCAGAUGCACGAGGAGCUGGUGAAGGUGACCAAUGAACUCUACACUGUGAUGAAGACAUACCACAUGUACCACACAGAGAGCAUCAGCGCCGAAAGCAAGCUGAAGGAUGCGGAGAAACAGGAGGAGAAGCAGUUCAGCAAGUCGGGAGAGCUCAACGUCAACAUCCUGAGGCACGAAGACCGCCAGUCCCGGCGCAGCACUGUGAAGAAGAUCGAGAAGAUGAAAGAGAAGAGGCAAGCCAAGUACUCCGAGAAUAAGCUCAAGUGCACCAAAGCGCGCAAUGACUAUUUGUUGAACCUGGCAGCAACGAACGCCGUGGUGGCCAAAUAUUACAUCCAUGAUGUCGCUGAUAUGAUAGACUGCUGCGACCUGGGAUACCACGCUAGCUUGGCGCGGACCUUUAGGACCUACUUGUCCGCAGAGUACAACCUGGAGACGUCUCGCCACGAGGGACUGGACGUCAUCGAGAAUGCGGUGGACAACUUGGACUCUCGCAGUGAUAAACACAAGCUCAUGGAUAUGCAUAACCAGGUGUUCUGCCCUCCUAUGCGCUUUGAGUACCUGCCUCACAUGGGAGAUGAGGUGUGCCAGGUGAGCGCCCAGCAACCCGUCCAGACUGAGCUCUUGAUGCGCUACCACCAACUACAAUCUCGCUUGGCUACACUGAAGAUUGAGAACGAGGAGGUGCGAAAGACCUUGGACGCCACCAUGCAAACUCUGCAAGAUAUGCUGACGGUGGAGGAUUUCGACGUGUCAGACGCCUUCCAACAUAGCCGCUCCACUGAAUCCAUCAAGUCUCUGGCCUCCGAGUCGUACAUGAGCAAGAUGAACGUAGCAAAGAGGAGGGCCAACCAACAGGAGACUGAAAUGUUCUACCUCUCGAAAUUCAAGGAGUACCUGAAUGGCAGCAACCUCAUCAUUAAGCUACAGGCCAAGCAUGACUUGCUGAAGCAGACCCUUGGUGAAGGGGAAAGAGCUGAAUGCGGAACCACAAGGCCCCCCACCCUUCCCCCUAAACCCCAGAAAAUGCGGAAGCCUAGACCGCGCUCCGUCUAUAACCAUAAGCUGUUUAACGGCAAUUUGGAGACCUUCGUCAAGGAUUCAGGUCAACCAAUUCCACUCGUGGUUGAGAGCUGUGUCAGAUACAUCAACCUCUACGGCCUGCAGCAGCAAGGCAUAUUCCGAGUACCAGGAUCGCAGGUGGAAGUCAAUGAUAUUAAAAAUUCAUUUGAAAGAGGAGAAGAUCCUUUAAUAGAUGACCACGAUGAGCAUGACAUCAACUCCGUGGCAGGCGUGCUUAAACUGUAUUUCCGAGGACUGGAGAACUCCCUCUUCCCGAAGGAGCGUUUCCUGGACUUCAUCUCGACCAUCAAGCUGGAGUCGGGAGCGGAGAGAGCGCAUCACAUCCAGCAGAUUGUUGUCACGCUGCCUCGGACCAUCAUCAUCGUCAUGAGAUAUCUGUUUGCUUUUCUCAAUCAUCUCUCCCAGUAUAGCGACGAAAACAUGAUGGAUCCGUACAACUUGGCCAUCUGCUUUGGUCCCACGCUGAUGCCCAUUCCCGACAGCCAGGAUCCCGUCUCGUGCCAGGCGCAUGUGAACGAGGUCAUCAAGACUAUCAUUAUGCACAAUGAAAUCAUCUUUCCCAACUUACGUGAACUGGACGGCCCAGUUUAUGAAAAGUGCAUGGCUGGGGGCGAGGAAUACUGUGACAGCCCUCACAGUGAGCCGGGAACUCUUGAUGAAGUUGACAAUGGAACUGAACCACACACAAGUGAUGAAGAGGUUGAACAAAUCGAGGCCAUCGCUAAAUUUGAUUAUGUGGGCCGCAGUCCGAGAGAGCUUUCCUUCAAGAAGGGGGCGUCUCUGCUUCUCUAUCACCGGGCAUCUGAAGACUGGUGGGAGGGCCGACACAAUGGCGUGGACGGGCUGAUCCCUCAUCAAUACAUUGUGGUGCAAGACAUGGACGACGCCUUCUCAGAUAGCCUCAGUCAGAAAGCAGAUAGUGAAGCCAGCAGUGGGCCACGGCAGGAUGAAAAAAGUUCAUCCAAAAACGACGGCCCCUCGCCAUGUGAACAAUCACCCGAUUACACCAUCGGAGGUGUCACCGGCAGGGUCCGCCUGCGUUCCGACGGAGCGGCGAUUCCACGCCAUCGCGGUGGUACAGACACUCAAAGUCCGACCAGAGUGCCCGACACGCCUCCGCGGGCCGCCGCCUGUCCCAGCAGCCCACACAAGAUGUCCGUCAACAAGGCGCGUAUGGAAAGUCCAGAAAAAAGGCGACUGGGGACUUUUGGUAGUGCAGGAAGUAUUAACUACCUGGAAAGGAAGGCCUACCCUGAGGGGCAUCCACUGAGGCCCAUGUCAGGGGCCACUCGUCACAGCAGCCUUGGGGACCACAAAUCGCUGGAAGCCGAGGCUCUGGCUGAGGACAUCGAGAAGACCAUGACCACAGCUCUCCAUGAGCUUCGUGAGCUGGAGCGACAGAACUCCUCCAAGCAGGCUCCCGACGUGGUGCUGGACACGCUGGAGCCCAUGAAGAACCCCAUUAGCUCCGAGCCGGGCAGCCCGCUGCACACCAUCAUGAUCCGCGACCCAGAUGCAGCCAUGCGCCGGAGCAACAGUUCCACCUCUGAGAUGAUGACCACGUUCAAACCGGCGCUCUCGACCCGGCUCGCUGCCGGCACUCAGCUGCGCCCCCCGCCCAUGAGGCCGGUGCGCCCCCCUCCCACCCAGCACCGCUCAAGCAGCUCCAGUUCUUCUGGGGUGGGCAGCCCAGCUGUAACGCCCACUGAUAAAAUGUUUCCCAGUACCAAUGCAGCGGCCGGGUCCGGAGUGAAUGCGUCCACCGAUGCUGCUGACAAAUCUGGCACCAUGUAGCAAAGGUCACAUUCGAGGGCUGGUAAUGGGAUUGCAACUCCUGAUUAAUAAUUUCAUUUUCGAUUCAAUCUGCUGAUCAAUAAGUAGUGCUGAGUGAUCAGGGAAAUUUCCUUCAGCUCAGGGAGAUGAUAGUCCAAAAUACAAAAGCAUUUCAUACAUUAUAAAGUAUAGGACAUGGCGUAUGAAAAUGAAAGAUAAAUAAUCACAAAUUCUCCAUGAACAUUAGCUUUACAGAUGCAAUGUUUGCUCUUUACGUGGUAAUGAUGUUCACUGUGACAUAUGGGGUAUGAGAUCCAGUGUUCAAUUUACUUUGAGAAAAUAGAAGAGCUGGACAAUGAUAAUCGUGGCGAGUUUUAUUGAUGCACUUAAAAAAAUGAAGUUGCAGAUGAAUUUCCUGUAGAACGACCUGUUGCCGCUGACAUGGUUUCGCAUUCCAAACCCUCUGGGCAAUGUGCCACAAACUCUGAUGGUUUAUCUCUUUUCUGGCUGACUUCACUGGGAUCUGUAGGAAGCUCCUGAAGUGGAGGGUUCCCAUGGUGAUGCAGAUGGGGGAGAGGGCUGCAGAGGUGCGAUAGGUUCAAGAUUUCCAUUCUUUGAAACUGUUUAUAACAAUAAUAGAAAUGCAUAAGCUUAUGCAUAUGUAUCAGUUAAUACCUCAAGCUCAUCUAACUAAAUGUGUGCCCAAGGAGUCAAAUUGUGGACAUUUGGACUUUUGUGCUUGGCAGUGGACCUUAAAUGCGUCAUGUGGACUGGAAAAGAGAUUCAGGCACACUGGAAAAAAAGCAGAAAUAUUAAAAACUUGAACCAGAGAGUCGAGGGAGAAAACACAUUUGCAACAAUGUGCUUGUUAGUCCGUGGAAGUAUACAGUACAUAGUACUUGUGCUAUAACCGCACAGGGGUAACUGUCACUAUGUCCAGUGUGUGCACUGUGUGUAAUAUGCAUUGUUCAAUUCCUGCAAUGUGUAAAUACAGUAGGUCAUUGUGUGUGUGUGUGUGUGUCAAUGUUUUGAUUUUGUACAGACUUACUGUAUAGCGAAAAGCGAGAUGGUUGAAAGCAAAGGUACAGUACUUGAAAAUAUCCUAACUAAACAACCCUUUUUCAAUCAUCUACAAAUGUAUUCUCUGGCUGCGUGAAAUCAUCUCCUCUGUUGUACUUUGUCUUUAGAAUCCAGCUGCUCAAUGUACUCAUUCUUGGUAAAAGUCUUAAUUUGAAAUACUCAAAGUAUUUCUGGGUGACACAGCGUAAGAGUGGUUAGCACAUGCAACUCACAGUUUCCAGGUCGGGGGUUUGAAGCCGGGCUACGAGCAUCCUGUGUGGAAUGUGCAUGCUUGUGUGGAUUUUUUCUGGCUUCCUUCCACAUUCCAAAAAUGUGGAUGUUUGCUUCAUUGCGGACUAAAUUGUCCAAAAGUUGUGAGUGCGAUUAUGAAUGGCUGGCAACCAGUUCACGGUGCACCCCCGCCUUUCACCCCAAUUCAGCUGGGAUAGGCUCCAACUCACUCAUAACACUCAAGAAGAUACAUGGAUGGAUGGAUGAACUGUGUAAUGUUCUACUCAACAAUUUGCUGAAUAGGAAAUUAUGCUCACACGACACGGCUUUUCUAGAUGAGGAAAGGCGUCACGCUGUCAGUUGGGUUGGCUAUAAUUAUGUCGCUACAAAGAUUCCCUGACAACUCUGGACUUUGCAUUCUAAAAAGCCUGUUCUAAGUGCAUGCUUUGUGCGGCAAUGUCAGCACGUAAAAAAAAAAAAAGUGCUUUGCUUUUACUUAGUUCAAAUAUAUACAAUGGAUGCACGUGAUUAAAAUGUGUUAAAGUAAUGCACCCACAUUUCCACAAGGGGUGGAAUUUAGAUACGUUUGCCAAAUUUUAAUCACGUUCAACCAAAAAUUAUCUUUUAUGCUUGGCUUUGGAUCAGAUCAAAACUGUAUUACGUUUUCACAAAAGGUUGAAAUUUUACCAGGGCUGAUAGUGAUCGAUUAAUCCGCUUGUAGCAGUAGCUCAAAUGUAAAGUUGUAUAAUACCCAAGCAUGCAAACCAGGCACCUUCCCAAUAUAAAAUUAAAUUGUAUUAAGUACAUCCCGAGCUUUCAGAAGUUUUAAAGGGCACAUGCUUCUCCUGCGCGUUACUGAUGGUACGGUCUUGUUAAGAGCUAGUGGAGGCAUUCAGGAGCACAGCUCAUUCAGUUUAUUUCCUAAAAAGACAUGCUGUGCUUUCGCUGUGUAUGUCUUUGCCAUGUAUGAAUUUGCACCUAUUAAAUUGUAUAUACAAAUAUGGGAAUGUACAUAAGAGAACAUAUGAAAGAAAUACAAGAGAAUCAUGUUUGACUUUUAUUUAUAGUCGAUGUAUGGAGCAAUGGUGCAAGACAUCUCGAGUGCCUUUUGUGCACAACAUUGAUUUUUUUUUUGUAUUGCUUUUUUAAGAAAUGUGUUGUCUAUUAGUUGUCAUAUUUAUUAUGAAUGUUACUUUUGUAUGAAUACUUUCUCUUGCUCUUUCUGCAGCAACUUGUCCAGGGUCAUUUUGAACUGUUUUUUCUGCGCUGGGGGAAAGGAAAAAGGUAGAUUUGAAAAUCACUAUGCACCGAAUCUACUGGUUACCAAGUUCAGUAGUCUUCUCAGAAUAUUUAUUGCAACUUGUUGUUUUCCCGGUGAAGCAUCUGUGCUGUGCCUGAGCCAUAAACUCAUCUUUUCUCUCCCUUUUCCUACAAAGCAAACACAAUGCAGCACUGCUGGCAAGCGCACGAAUGAGGGAUACUACUUGUAGAACUUAAAAGGCACUUGGUUCCUGUGUUUUUCCAACAUAUGUUGUAAAAAGUCAUCUUUUUUUUUCCUCUCCUGAAAUGGUAGCUCAGAUGGUGGAACGUUAUGAUUUUAUGAUUAGAAUCCAGAACCACAAAAAUGACAAAACAUUGCUGUAAGAGACGACUGUGCCUGUCUUGUUGUACUGAUGGAGUGUGAGUUGUUGUCUUUCCUCUCUUUAAUUGUUUGUCUAGUGGGGAACGUCUGGUCCAUUAGAAGCCUGUGAUAUACCUUACCAGUACCACUAAGUGGAUGUUAAAAAAAAAAAAAAAGUGCAUCCUAAUAA